AUGAAAAGGGCUCGUUACUGUGCAGCCCCUGGAGUGAUCAACGGAAAGAUUUAUGUUAUCGGUGGUCGCCGGAAACAAGAUGAUGAUUGGGUCGAAGUGUUCGAUGUAGACCUUGAGGUUUGGCAAACUGUGCCUAGUCAGUGCCCUGAAGAUGGUAGUAACGAUGGUUGGUUUGACACGUAUGUGGUGAUGCAGGGGAAAAUCUUCAUUUUGGAUGAUUUUUGUUGUUUGGCUUACGAACCAAGAGAAGGUUUAUGGCAGUCAUGGGGAUAUGAAAGUGAGUUGCACAGACUCUGGAGCUCGUCCCUGUCGUCUUGUGUGGUUGGAGAUUUACUGUUUACCCUUGAUCUUACGUGUCCUCUUGGUUUGCCAAUAGCGGUAUACAAUCCAAAUGAGAUGGUUUGGAAACCUCUGCUGACUGUAUACAUGUACAGCUUUACUUGGUUUGGAGGUUCUCCUGUGUGGAGCAUGGCGAAUUUGGGUGGCAAGUUGGAGGUUUUGGGCGAUUUUUUUCGGGGCAGUACGGAUAUUGUGUGUGUAGAAAUUACGUUUGAAACUCGUGAAGAAGGUCAUCUUUGGGGGAAUGUGGAAUCAACCACGGCUGUGUAUACUGACGAUCACAAGGAAACGAUGUUUCCUAUCGUUAAGCUUUGUCAAACUGUUACGGUUUGA